AUGGACAGCGAGUCGCACCUGAGCGAAUCCAGCGACAGAAUGUCUGAUUUUGAGAGUCCCCCGCUCAAAACAGAAGAGGACGUUCUCCUUUUCAAAGACCCCGAAAGCAGGAGUGGUGACGAAGCAGUGAUUUCUGGCUCGGUGCUUCCCACCGCCGGUUCCGUGGCUGACAGCCUGGAAAAGAUGAAGGCCAUCUACACCUCUUUCCUAACUAACUCCUACUGGUCCACCCUGAAUUUGAACCUGAGCCAGCCACCCCAGGAGAAACCCCCUCGCAGUCACAGUAGCAGCAGUAGCAGCAGUAGUAGCAGCAGUUGCGGUAGCGCUGGGUACGACUGGCACCAGACGGCGGUCAACAAAACCCUCCAGCAGGCCUCGCAGAAUCACCAAAACCGACUGUCUUUGGCCCAACACCCCUCAGGGGCCCUGUUGGCACCCUCCAACGAGCCGAGCCUGUUCAGCACCGUCCAGCUCUACCGUCAGAGCUCUAAACUCUACGGCUCCAUCUUCACCGGCGCCAGCAAGUUCCGCUGCAAAGACUGCAGCGCGGCGUACGACACCCUUGUUGAGCUCACGGUACACAUGAACGAGACAGGACACUACCGGGACGACAACCACGAGGUGGACAGCGAGGGCACCAAACGCUGGUCCAAACCUAGGAAGCGCUCCUUGCUGGAGAUGGAAGGCAAGGAGGACGCGCAGAAGGUUCUCAAGUGCAUGUACUGCGGGCACUCUUUUGAGUCCCUCCAGGAUUUAAGCGUUCACAUGAUUAAGACCAAACACUACCAAAAAGUGCCUCUGAAGGAGCCCGUGACUCCCGUGGCGGCGAAGAUCAUCUCAGCUCGAAAAAAAGCCCCUUUGGAGCUGGAAGUACCUAGCUCACCAGACUCCAACGGAGGGGCCACGCCAAAGCCGGCCUGCUUGGCCGACACCAAUGAGCUUCUCCAGAGGACGGCGCACCCGUACAUCACCCCCAACAACCGCUACGGGCACCAGAACGGCGCCAGCUACGCCUGGCAGUUUGAGUCGCGGAAGUCGCAGAUCCUCAAGUGCAUGGAGUGCGGCAGCUCACACGACACCCUGCAGGAGCUCACCGCCCACAUGAUGGUAACCGGACACUUCAUCAAGGUCACUAACUCGGCAAUCAAGAGGGGCAAACCCAUCAUGGAGACACCAAGCCCGGCGCAGACACCAAGCGUGGAAGAGAAGGUGCAAUCGGUACCCCUAGCCGCCACCACAUUUUCGCCGCCACCCGCCCCAGUUCCUCCUCCAACCAGCGUCUCGCCCGACGCUAUAACUGUGGACAUCAAAAAGGAGGAAAAGGAGGAGGAGUGUACUAAAGAAUCCGUCCUCAACAAUAACAACAAGAUGUCAGGCGGCGAAGAGGAAACAGAAGAAAAGUUUGACAUCUCGUCAAAGUACACCUACCUGACCGAGGAGGAUCUAGACGCAAGUCCCAAAGGCGGUUUGGACAUUCUCAAGUCCCUGGAGAACACGGUGACCUCUGCCAUCAACAAAGCCCAGAACGGAGCUCCGAGCUGGGGAGGCUACCCCAGCAUCCACGCCGCCUAUCAGCUCCCCAACAUCAUGAAGCUCUCCCUGGGGCACCCUGGAAAGAAUUCCCCUCUCAAGUACAUGUUCCCCGGGGCAGAGAUCUUGUCGCCUACUGGCAAAAACCAGACUCUGGCGUCUCCUCCCAGCCGCCAAACAUCCCCGAUAUCCAAGAACAAUUUCCACGCCAUGGAAGAGCUUGUGAAGAAAGUGACAGAGAAAGUGGCAAAAGUAGAGGAGAAGAUGAGGGAGCCGGGCGGCCUGGUGAGGUCAUCCCCCAUGAGAACCACGCCGUCGCCGUGCCAAAGCGAGGCAGGGGACUCCCACCGGGGUGAAUCCCCCAAGGACACCAAAACAGGCGGCUGCAAAACACCCGAUGUUACAAACGGACCAAACCACAAAGAGACAAACGGGGACGGCGGUGCGAAAGAACCGUCGGAGAGCGGUGCAGAGUCCACUGUGGCAUCGCCCCAGUCCGGGUCCCUCUGCGGCAGCACGGCCAUCAUCACCGACCACCCACCCCCAGAGCAGCCCUUUGUCAACCCGUUGAGCGCCUUGCAGUCAGUCAUGAACGCCCACCUGGGCAAGGCCGCCAAGCCCGCCCUGCCUUCCCUGGACCCCAUGAGCAUGCUCUUCAAGAUGAGCAACAGCCUGGCUGAGAAGGCGGCGGUGGCGGCCUCCACGCCGCCCUCCCAUGUCAAGAAAUCCAGCAGCGACCAUCUGGAUCGCUACUUCUACCAGCCGAACCUCAUCGGCAACGACCAACCCAUGGAUCUCACCAAAGGCAAGCACGCAGACAAAAACGCGUCGCCUCCCGCCACCGUGGCCAUGACCAAAGCCUCGGCCGCCGUGGCCUCCUUCAUGUCCUCGUCGCCCCUGAAGGAGAACGCCCUGUCGGACAUCUCCGACAUGCUGAGGAACCUGACGGAGAGCCAGGCCAUCUCCAAGGCCUCCACGCCCACCAGCUUAUCGGAGCGCUCCGACGUGGAGGGCGCUACCCAGGAGGAACCAGAGGAAGUGUCGCCGGCCCAAAAGCGCAAAGGCCGCCAGUCCAACUGGAACCCGCAGCACCUCCUCAUCCUGCAGGCUCAAUUCGCCUCCAGCUUGAGGCAGACUACGGACGGCAAGUACAUGAUGUCGGACCUGAGCCCGCAGGAGAGGAUGCACGUCUCGCGCUUCACUGGACUCUCCAUGACCACCAUCUCCCACUGGCUGGCUAACGUCAAGUACCAGCUCCGCAGGACGGGCGGCACCAAGUUCCUCAAGAACCUGGACUCUGGACACCCGGUGUUCUUCUGCAGCGACUGCGCCUCUCAGAUCCGUUCUCCGUCCACCUACGUCAGCCACCUGGAGGCGCACUUGGGCUUCCGGUUGCGGGACCUGGCCAAGCUCUCGGGGGAGCAGCUUUUGGGUCAGAUCUCCCAGCAACGCCUCCACAAAGGACUCUCCGACAAACUCCUGGCCCCCCCCAACAACGACGAGGACGAGGUGGGCGGCGCGGCGGCCCACCAAUGCAAACUCUGCAACCGGACUUUUGCCAGCAAGCACGCCGUAAAACUGCACCUCAGCAAGACUCACGGCAAGUCCCCCGAGGACCACCUCAUGUACGUUUGCGAACUGGACAAGCAGUAG